AGAGGGAGAGAGAAGAAACUGCCGGAAGGAGAAAGAAGAGAGGGGGCGGGGACGCAAGAGGACGAGGAGAGAGUUGCAAAGAGAAAGAAGAGAUAGGAGGAGAGAAAGCUAGAAGGAAAGAAAGGGAAAGGAGAGUUAGAGGUACAUGAAGGAGGUGAGAAAGAGGGAGACACAAGGUGGAGAGAAGCCCUCAGAAGGAGAGAGAACCAAGAGUGGGAACGUGAAAGGGAAACAGCCCAGGGGGUAACCAGGGAGCAGCCAUGGAGGGAACUGGAGGAGAACUGGGGGGACAGGGGAACUGGGGUCUGGAAGAUGCCCCAGGCCUCUUGGCCAGGGCCUCCCUGCCCAUCAUACCUGCAUGGCCAUUGCCCCUGGCCUCCUCAGCCCUUACCCUGCUCCUUGGAGCCCUCACUUCCCUUUUCCUCUGGUACUGCUACCGUCUGGGCUCCCAAGACAUGCAGGCCCUGGGGGAUGGGAGUCGGGCUGGGAGUGUCAGUGGUGGGCCUGGGGGAUGCUCUGAAGCUGGCAGGCCUAGCCCAGGGAGCUCUGGGGAGCCUGGGGAAGGACCCAGGACAGAAGGCCUAGUGAGCCGUCGCCUUCGGGCCUAUGCCAGACGCUACUCCUGGGCGGGGAUGGGUAGGGUGAGGCGGGCAGCUCAGGGUGGCCCAGGCCCUGGGGGAGGGCUAGGGGUCCUGGGCAUUCAGCGCCCAGGCCUGCUUUUCCUGCCAGACCUGCCUUCAGCCCCCUUCGUGCCACGGGAUGCCCAGCGGCAUGACGUGGAGCUCCUGGAGAGCAGCUUCCCUGCCAUUUUGCGGGACUUUGGGGCUGUGAGCUGCGACUUCUCAGGGACUACCCCUCUGCCUCGGGGCUGGUCCCCACCCCUGGCCCCUGGGUGCUACCAGCUCCUGCUGUACCAAGCAGGCCGGUGCCAACCCAGCAACUGCCGCCAGUGCCCAGGAGCCUAUCGGGCACUGAGGGGGCUGCGGAGCUUUAUGAACGCCAACACCUUCGGCAAUGCUGGCUUUUCCGUCCUCCUGCCUGGGGCCCGGCUCGAGAGCCGCUGCGGGCCCACCAAUGCGCGGGUCAGAUGUCAUCUGGGCCUGAAGAUCCCCCCUGGCUGUGAGUUGGUGGUCGGGGGUGAGCCCCAGUGCUGGGCUGAGGGACACUGUCUACUGGUGGAUGAUUCCUUUCUGCACACAGUGGCUCAUAAUGGCUCCCCUGAAGAUGGGCCUCGAGUGGUCUUCAUCGUGGACCUCUGGCACCCCAACGUGGCUGGGGCCGAGCGCCAGGCCCUCGACUUUGUCUUCGCACCAGACCCUUGAAGGAAGGUGUUCCCUUCAGACAUCGGGCUGGAGAGAUGCUGCACUCAGGGAUGGCUUGAGUGGUAGCCAGGACCUCCUCUCCAUUGCACGGGCUGGGGUGGGGCUGAGGGUGGGAACU